AUGAGUUUUAGAAAUUGACAGUUACCAAUUUUCUUUUUGAAACCAAAAAUUUUAGUGAACACAAACUAAUGUCGGACGAAUUUUACAAUACCUGGUGGAUUACCACAAAAAAACAGCUCAAGGAUUUACGGAUAAGGGAUGCCGUUUUGGAAAAAUCCUGCAGCAGCCCCAUAACGGAUCGAAACAUAGCCAAAUUUUUCAUAGGCGGUCUUUUCACGCAGUACAGCUUAAUAGUUCAGAAUCUUUGCGGUUGUUUUGAUAUGCUUACCACAGCGCAACGACGCUUAACCAUUGGUAAGCUGGUGGAUGCUUCAGUAAAGCGACUAAACGAAUUGAAGGAAACACUUGUUCAGUUAGACUUUUCUGAAUACAUAUACGUAGAUGGAAACAUCCUGGAGUGUAAGCUAAUUCCCCACGACGUUGAGAUAAUGGAUCCUAGGUUAAUGUGUGAAAGGUCAUUGCAUAUGGAAGACUUAUGGACCGCGAUUAAGAAUGGAGAAACGAUAUAUGUACCUCCUGCGCCCCCUCCCGACGAAGUAAUUGACGCGAACACGCAAACACCUGACGAAGACGAAGAGGAAGAAGAAGGUGACCAUAAAAAACUUAAGAAGAAAGUUGUUUCGGAAGUAAAAUUUCGGCCUCCUGUUAUAAUAUUAACCCCAGAACAAAUCGCCGAAAUGGAACGGCAACGAAGGGUUACCGAAGCGGCGAAGUUAUUGCAAAAUCACGAAAGGGCGAGACAAGGUCGAAUAUAUUAUAAUGACUUGGACGUCCAACGUAAAAUUCGUUUUCAAAUCGCCAUGAGGGUAUACAAAGAAGAUGCCCCGAUUGAAACCAGAACAGAUGCUGCCAUAUGCAUUCAAAGAGUGUGGAGGGGAUAUAUAGUCAGAAGAGAUCUUGGUAUCGUUGAAACACGCCGAAGACUUUUGAUAGGAAUGACGGACCCUAGCUGGAAGCCGAUUAGCGAAAAGAUAUUAAUGGAAAAAAAUGCAGAAUCCCGUAGGAAAAUCAGGUAUCAACGAUUUCGCGAGUACGUUCAAGCGAGCAUCGACGAAAGGGCGCGGAUUCUUCGAGUUAUAGGUCCUCGUCUAAUGGAAGACAUAACUGAUGAAAUUCGCGUGUGGUUUCAUAAAUGGUACGACGACUGCCUCAACUUUGAUUAUUACCCUACGGAAGAUAUGGGAGGUUCCAUAUUAAUUGUUCGUGGUGAAACCAUAACCACAACCGAAUGGCUGGAAACGCGCAACAGAGUUGUUGACCUUAAGGCGGAAAAAGCGAAAAGAGACGCGGCGAAAAAAGCCGAAAAAGAGCGGAAGAAAAAAGAGAAGGAGCGGUUGAAGAAGGAAGCUGACGCGGCAAAAAAGCGCGAGAAAAGAGGAGAGAUCGAAAUUAGAUUUCCAGAUUUCGCCGCUGAGGAGUUUAAGUUAGGUUUUAAAGAGGAGGAGGAAUUAUGGGAUAAUAGAGAGGACUCGCCAAAGCCGUACCUCGACAUAAUUCGCGACGAAGGAUGUUAUGAAUUACAACUCGAAAUUCGUCGACAAGUUGACGAGCUUAUGAGAAUUGAAUUGGAAUUACUGAACAUUGCUCUUCAAAAGGAUGGUGGCAAGAGGCAAAAACGGAAGAAGGAAAAGAAGAGGAAGAAGAAGGUUCCUAAAGACCCCACGGGUCAUCGUUCGAUUGAAGAUUUAUUCCAAGAAUUAGUUGACAACGGAAUAAUUCACACUUAUCCGAGCGCCAAAUUAAGCGAUUUUCUAGGCGAUUACAGUUAUGGAAGUUGGGAGGCCCGCAAGGCGGGUUUUGAUCCCCCUCAAACACUGGGAGACGUACGAAACGCUGUAAUGUUGAAUUGCAUCCUACCGAUGGGAGUUGCGUCUAUGAAGAAACCGAAAUCUGUUCUAAUUGCGGGACACUGCCAAAGCGGGAAGCAUUUACUUGCAAACGCAAUCUUUAACGAGACACAGUGUGUACUAUUUGACCUCUCAUCCAAAGUAUUGGUGGGAAAAUAUAGAGAAAAGAAGGACAUCACCAUGCUGGUACAUCUCAUUAAUAAACUGUCACGCCUUCUACAGCCGUCGAUAAUAUUUUUUGAUGGUGCCGAAAAACCUUUUUAUAAAAAAAUUCCCCCGGAUGAAGUCGCCGAAGAUCCCAAGAAAUUGGGAGGCGUCCUAAUGAAGGGAAUCAUAAAGCCCAUAACUCCCAACGAUAAAGUGUUGGUCUUGGGGAUUACCAAUCAACCAUUCACCGCGAAGCCUCAACUGAAGAAAGCCUACGAACGGAUAAUUUUAAUUCCGCGGACGGACUACGGCAGCCUUUAUUUGUAUUGGCGGCAGCUGCUGAUGGCAUAUCAUGGUGUCGAUCGCAAUAUGAACCUGUCGGAGCUUGCACUAGUUACGCGAACAUAUCCGUUACCUGCCAUCAAAGCACUGAUCGAAAAAAUUUUGAAUCCAAUUCGUAUAGCGCAGUUGCAGUAUAAACCGUUGGACGCCCACGAAUUCGUGGAGGUUCUUUUAGACGAACCGCCACCAAUAAUUGAUAAAUUAUGGACGAAGUAUCUCAAAUGGUUUAAUAGUACCCCAUUGGCAAAGAGAAGAGCUUAUCUCAUGCGUCUCCAAGAAGCGAGCAGACAAGCUGCAGAAAAAGGUGCGAAGAAGGGAAAAUAAUUCUGCCCUUCAAAGUGAAGACCUCAUUGAUACUUGACCAGCGGACAGAUGGAAGUGAGAGAUCAGACUAACAAUAAUUGUCGUUUAUAUUAAAUUUUAUAUUAAAC